AUGAGGCAUUCUUAUGUUCCAGUGGAAUUAAUGAUAGUAACAUUGACAAUAUUGGUGACACGAAAUAAUUGCGCAACUGAAAUAACAAGAACGCCAUAUCGAAUUGUUGUGAAAGGAAGAAUGAUGUGUGGUAAUAAAGGAGCUUAUGCAGUACUGCUUAAUAUAUUUGAAGAAGUUAAAUAUAUAAAAUACGGUAAUACGGAAAAAGGUAUUUUACGCACGAGCGUAUAUUUCCUGAGCAGACGUAACGGUGAAUUUUAUAUACACGGAACUAGAUAUGCUAUGGAUCAUAAAAUAUAUUUAAAUAUUACUCAUCAUUGCAUACCUGAUGAUAAACGAGAUAUGCAAAAAAAUUGUUUUAUGCAAGUGGUGCAUGAAAUUAAAGCUGACCCAAGGACAGUUCGUUAUAAUCUAUAUGACAUUGGCCUAGAAGAAAUGAAUUAUCAGUCGCCUGAAGUGAAAUGUAUUGAUUGGCCUUAUAAAUAUCCAAAAUUUCAUAAAAUUAUUCAUGAUGAUCUGUGA